UUGGAGGAGAGGGCUCGUGUUUUACUAAGGAUGUUUAUCCGCAUCGGAGUGGCCGGCUGGCCGCCUUAUUUGAAAAGAGAGAGAGAGAGAGAGACAGUACCCUCUUCUGUCCCACACGCAUAAACCAACAAAAGCAAGUAGACCAUGAGAGGUGGGUCAGGUGGACAACGUAGUUCUCACUUCUCGGGGCAUAUCAAUAAAUUAAAAUAGUAGAAUCCAAUCAUAUGGAAUUGUCCAUUUAUCGUCGUGAAAUUGGUUCCCCUGUGUUCUCCAAGUUCAAUUUUGAACUGUUUGGUAGAAGAAUAGAAGAUUACCAUGGCUAACUUGGAAAUAGAAGAGGAGCCAAUGCUGUCACCUCCACAACGAUCUCAUGGACUCCAGGGUUCGGAUUUUCGGGCCCGAAGCAGGUCUAUGCACAUUCCCAUGGUCUCCCACCGAGAAGCAACUCGUACACUUGAUAGUGUGAAAACCUUUCCCCAGAAGAAGAGUGCUUCAUCGUCAUUCUAUUCCACUGCCACUCAUGAAACUCUACAUCUUUCCUCGUCCCGCCGCGGCGGUGGCCCACUUAGAUGGCAUCGUGCUAUGACAGGAAGGCUUCAAUAUAAUCCUCUUCAAGCAGAGUUUGAUAGUAUUUUUGAGGGUUCUGCUUGGAGAGUCCCUUCAUUCUGCUCUUCAUGUGUUCCUGGAGUUAUACAUCCUGACAGUGUAAAACAAUGGAACAAGAUUAUAGCUAUUUUAAGCUUGGUGGCAAUAUUUUUGGAUCCAUUAUUUUUCUUCUUAUUGUAUGUUGAAAAGCAUUUGAAUUGCAUUGUUAUCAGUUGGACAAUGACGAGACCACUUAUUUUACUUAGAAGCAUAAAUGAUUUAGUAUUUUUCAUGAACAUGCUUCUCCAGUUUAGGUUGGCUUAUGUUUCUGCUGGGUCAAGGUUAAGGGGUACUGAUUUAAUUGAUGAUCCAAAGAAAAUUGCUCGACAUUACCUGACUAGUUAUUUCUUUCUUGAUUUGUUUAUUGCACUUCCUCUACCACAGAUAAUAGUAUUGUUUGUGCUGCCAAGAUAUUUCGGAGCGAGUCAUGCUGAGAGUCUUUUAUGUGGAGUGAUCCUUGUGCAGUAUAUCCCCAGGUUAUUCCGAUUUUUGCCUCUGCUAAUUGUCCAGUCUCCAGAAGGAUUCAUAUUUGAGUCAGCAUGGGCAAAUUUUUUUAUAAAUAUCCUCAUUUUUAUACUAUCUGGACAUGUCGUUGGCUCUUGUUGGUACCUCUUUGGUUUGCAGAGGGUUAAUCAAUGUUUGCGAGAUGCCUGCCAUAAUUCAGUUGUUACUCAAUGCAUGAAGAUUAUUAAUUGUGGGUAUGACUGUUUCUCACACUAUACAUCAUCAGAUUCAGAAAUGUGGAGAAACAAUGCAAAUGCAACUGCUUGUUUGAAUUCCUCUUCUGGUGCUUUUGAUUAUGGGAUAUACGCCAAUGUUGUACAACUUACUACGCAUCCUAAAAUAGUCAAGAAGUAUCUGUAUGCACUGUAUUGGGGCUUCCAACAAAUCAGUACUCUUGCUGGUAAUCAAACCCCUAGUGAUUUUGAGUUCGAAGUCCUUUUCAUAAUGGCAAUCACAGGAAUAGGACUCUUGCUUUUUGCACUUUUGAUCGGAAACAUACAAAACUAUCUUCAAGCUCUCGGUCAGAGGACACUAGAAAUGCAACUUAGAGGCCGUGAUGUUGAGCAAUGGAUGAGCCAGUUUCACUUACCAGAAGAUCUUAGAAGGAAAAUAAGACAUGUUGAACGGUAUAAUUGGGCUGCAACAAUAGGGGUGAAUGCAGAAAUGCUUAUGGAGAAUAUGCCAGAAGAUCUCCAAAGAGACAUAAGGCGUCAUCUCUUCAGAUUCAUUAAGAAAGUUCGAAUUUUUUCUAUGAUGGAUGAGCCUAUUUUAGAUGCCAUUUGUGAGAAGUUAAGACACAAGAUAUACAUCAAAGGAAGCAAUAUCUUGUAUAAUGGUGGUCUAGUGGAGAAGAUGGUGUUUGUUAUGCAUGGGAAAUUGGAGAGCAUCGAAGGAGAAGAUGGAAUUAGAAUUAUCUUAACCCAAGGGGAUGCUUGUGGUGAAGAACUCUUGCAGUGGUGUUUGGAGAAUUCAUUACUCUACACAGCAAGCAGAAAACCAGAAAAAGUCUUGCGUAGUAAAAGGACAGUAAGGGCCUUAACAAAUGUGGAGGUGUUUUCACUCCGAGCUGAUGACCUUGAAGAAGUAAUAAUUCGUUUCUCAAGAUUAUUUCAAAGACCACGUGUUCAAGCAGCCCUAAGGUAUGAAUCAUCUUAUUGGAGAUCCCUUGCUGCAACACGGAUUCAGAUGGCGUGGCGAAACAGGAAGAACCGUUUAAAUCGUAAGCGUGCUGCCUCACAAACAAAUUAGGUUCUAGAUUGCAUUGUAAUAUAUCUGUAAUAUUAUAUGUAGCAACUGUAAUAUGUGCUGCAUAUUAACACAUAACAAGUGUUGCUUUUGCUUGUAUAACUAGAAGAAAUUCAUCUCUAAAAACAAGAGAUGUGGAUAUCCAAAUAAUAUACUAAGACGGGUCUGAUCAUGUAUGUUGAAUUCAUUGAACUCGUGCCACAUUUUUCAAGCAAAAUUUAACUAUCAUGAUUCAUCAGUCA